UUUCAACUUUCUUACCUAAUCCGUACACCAGCGACGAUUUCACGAUAUGAUGACGGAGGGAAUCUGCGACUGGCAAUGAGCAGUCUUUACAUCUUACGCGGUCCUCUGCGCCGGUCUUUACUGGCUCGACCGUCUCAUAUCCUAAAGAGAUACAAAUUCUCCGCCCGCGGAUCCAAAUCCUCAGACAUCAAACAAGACACAUCGCUUAACCCCCUUGAGCUUAGAGAAAAUCAUCUCCCCAGGUUUCCAGCUAGGACGCGCUUUGCGCCUUCGCCGACUGGGUACUUACAUAUUGGCUCGUUGAGGACGGCACUGUAUAAUUACUUGCUCGCGAAGGCUACUGGGGGUCAAUUCAUAUUAAGGAUAGAAGAUACCGAUCAGUCGAGAAUCGUUCCAGAUGCGGAGGAGAGGCUAUAUGAAGAUCUGAAAUGGGCUGGUCUAAGUUGGGACGAAGGUCCCGAUGUUGGAGGGCCGUAUAAGCCGUAUAAGCAGUCAGAGAAUAUUUCUGUGUAUUCCAAAUAUGCGGACCAACUGAUGAACGAUGGUCACGCGUAUCGGUGUUUCUGCUCGCCCGAAGAGCUGGACCAGAUGAGGUCAAUCAAUAUACGCCAGGGUAACCCGACCAUUUAUAACGGCCGCUGUUCACACAUCCCGUCCGACGUCUCGGCCCAAAGAGCAGCGGACGGACACGGGCAUUGUAUACGCUUUAAGCGUGAGUCUCUCCCUAUAAGAAGUGAUACGAUAAGAGAUCUUGUGUACGGGAACGCUAUAAGCAUUCGGCCGGACGAUGAUUUUAUUCUCAUCAAGCAGGAUGGAUAUCCUACUUAUCACUUCGCCAACGUCAUCGAUGACCAUCGGAUGAAAAUCACGCACGUGGUUCGAGGAGCAGAAUGGCUCAUAUCCACACCGAAACACAUAGCCCUCUAUCGGGCAUUCGGAUGGGACAUCCCUAUAUUCGCACAUGUCGGACUCCUUACGAAUAAGCAAGGACAGAAGCUUAGCAAGCGCCACGGCGACGUCGAGAUCGCCUCUUGGAGAGAUCGCGGGUACCUACCCAUCACGCUGCUGAACUACGUCUUGUUUCUGGGCUGGAGCACGGGCAAGGGCGUCGAAGGUCAGAGCCAAGUCUUUGACUUGGAAGAGAUGGUUAACAAAUUCCAUCUCAACUUCACCAAAGGCAACAUCAUCGUCAACGAAAAAUACGAUUUCCUUCAGAAGGGCCACUUGCAGCGCCUCCUGAGCUACAGCCCCGAUAAGUUCUGCGACAUAGUAGAACCGGGGAUCAUAGCACAGAUCGAAGAAUACGAACAGCAGCGUAAGGAUCCCAGGCUCGAACCCGACAAGAUACCUGCUCAGCUUGGGCGCAUAAUACCGCCUGCCAAAGCUCCCCCCUUUUCUGGUGGCACGGUAUCCAAAAGCUACAUCAGGAAAAUCGUAGAGGCCGACGCCAAAAACUACAAAACCGCCGAGUUGUUCGUCGAGCGGAUCCGAUACCUCAUCUGGGAGGUACCUUUACCCAUCUACGUCGAGGCUUACAAGGAGAGCAUAGCCAACCGCACACUACACUUCGUAGAACAAGAGAUCGCGCCUGCGAACGACGACGGUACAUUAACCGAGUUUACCGAGUUUACCGAGUUUACGGACACCCGCGUCAACCUCUCCUUCCUCACGUCCAAGCUGCUAGAUCGGCUAAACGCCAUCCCAGAAGAGGAGUGGACCGUACAAGGCAUCCAGACGGCCCUCAAGCCCCUCAUCCAAUCCGUGUUCUCCGUCGCAAAGAUCGAGACCAAGCCCGGCGGCGCGCAGGCAGCCAACAUCCAGUGCUGGGGCUGGUAUCUCCUGCGCUGGGCCUUGACGGGAAUGAAGAGCGGGCCCAGGUUGGUACAGAGCAUGGUGCUCAUGGGCAGGGCGGACACGAUCAAGCGUAUAGAGGUCGCGCUUAAGGUCGCCAAGAGGCUUGACGGUGAUGAGGCGGGGGAUACGCCGGAUUGAACUUUCGACGCCGGAAUCAGAGGAGACGAAAUUGUAGCUAGGAUAAAUCGCUACGGUCUAUGAUCCACGACGCCGCUGGCCUCAAGCAGACGAGAAUCACGUGAAAAAAUGUAUGAAGCCCAUUGUACGUAUAUGGAUGUAUUAAACA